GUUUACUGAUUCGACCUUGGAGGAAAUUUAGAGUGACUGACAUGAUAUUAGAUCACAUCGGUUUUGACAUAAUUGUUGGUUCGUCAGCUGGAUUUCUUAAAGGAAUUUCGAUAUGUAAUCACGGUUCAUCUCCAUUUUCCCUAAUUAAAAACGAACACAUUAGUACAAUGUGUUGGUAUGGUGAAUUUGAAUCCGAGAAUAUAUAGUGUAGACACCAAAAGUCACUCAGUUACCUCUAUCGAACGAUUCUCAAAGUUUCAAGAAGAUCCAGUCGUUAUUUUACAAUCAUACGACAAAUUAAUCUUUUCAGCUCAUUCGUCUGGCAGAAUAGGGCUGUUUUCUCACGAAUUUUCUUCAGAGAAGCUUCAGCUAAAAGCACCAGGCCUCAUAUGCUCAGCAAAGUUGGCAGCAAACCAAAUUGUCGCCGGCGGUAAAGAGCUCGCGUUGCAUGUGUGGGAUAUAAACAACCACAGCUCUCCGAUUUUCACUGCGAAGAACGUUCGCUCAUCUGCUUUGGAACUAGCCGUUCCUACAUGGAUCGCUGAUGUUAGCUUUGUACCUAAGUCUAAUGGAAGGCUCGUUUUAACAGCCUCUAGAUACGGUGAAUUUGAUAUAUACGAUCUCCGAUGUGGCCAACGUCGACCUGUUGCUCGUCAUGCAUGGCGUACAAGUCGCAAACAUGGAAAACUUCAUGUCGGUUCCGGAAAACACAGUGCAGUGCUCCCGGAUUUAGCUACUAUUCGACCUAUCACAAAAGCAGUAGCUUAUGAUAGCUCUCCUGGUAUAGGAUUACGUGUUGUUGCUGGAAAUGCAGUUGGUGAAUUAUCUAUAUUGGAUUUAAGGCUUCCUCCGGAAUAUUCUAAUUUGAAUUCCCUUGAUGAUCAUGUUAGACCAGUCAAAAGCUACGGAUCACGAGCACCUGACCCACCUUCUGGUGUUCGAUGUCUUGCUGGAGCUUCAGGUUGUAUAACGCAAUUAAUAUGUAGUGGAGCUGAUGACGAGAAUACAUUCCCAUCCAUGGAGACAACUGCAAAUAAUGAACCAAUUGUAAUAGCAUCUUCGCUAGAUCGAUAUUUGCGAGUUUAUAAUCGUGAUACGGGAAAACGCCUUGGAAAGAUAUAUACCAAAGUUCCUGUAACAUCAUUUCUUGUUACUUGUAAUGCAAACUUUAAGAAUAUUGCCAAUCUAUCCACAGAAACUGAUGAUAAUUGUGUUACCAGCAAUAAAGCAGAAAAAGGUGACAAUUCCCACGGUAUAUCUGAAACAGCGCAAAAAGAAUUCGAUGAUUUGUGGAAUCAAAUACCAAUUGUUGGCAACGAUAAGAAUGUGGUUGAUGUUGUUGAUGAUGAUGAUGAUGAAGGGAGUAAGAAGAGCACGGAACAUAAAAUUAGUAAACGGAAACGUAAGAAGUAGUGAACAAUUGAUACAGUAUAUUGUGUUAUAUAAUUUGUACAAAAACAAUAUUAACAAGUAAUUAAAACUUA